AUGAGUUCAGAAUCUACAUCAAGUCAAAAUUUCAGCCCAAUGAAUUCACAGUAUAGUGAUGAAGAUUGGUAUAAUGGAAGUAUUAAGUCUAUUACUCUAGAAAAUUUUAUGUGCCAUUCGAAUUUCCAUUUAACAUUGAAUCCUCGAAUUAACUUUAUAUCAGGUUUGAAUGGCAGUGGAAAGAGUGCUAUCCAAACUGCUAUUGUCGUAGGGUUUGGUGCUAGAGCAAGCAUUACCAACCGCGCUUCUUCAUUGAAGUCACUUAUCCGAUAUGGACAGUCAUCAGCUACUAUAUCAAUAACCAUAGCAAAUAGUGGAAAAGGAAAUUAUGACUGUGGUCCUUACAAGCCUGAAGUGUAUGGCAAGCAAAUUACUAUAGUGAGAAAAAUUACUGAAUCAUCCACAAAUCAUAAAUUUUUAAAUGAAAAUAAUAAAGUUGUUAAAGUUGAUAAAAAUGAAUUAAAAAAUUUGACACUUCAUUUUAAUAUAUUAGUGGAUAAUCCAAUAUGUGUCAUGAAUCAAGCAAUGGUUAAAACAUUUCAUAAAAGUGCAAAACCAAAUGAGAAGUACGAUCUUUUUUAUAAAGCCAUAUCUGCCAAUACAUAUAGUGAACAUAUUGAAGAAACAAAAUCAGUGACAGUAGAGUACUCGGAAAAACUUGAAAAUGUUAAAAAUGUGUUGAAACAAAAUUUCAAAGAAGUAAUAGAAUAUGAGACUUAUGAAAAAAAAUCCAAACAGUUGAACACAUUGAAAUAUAGUCAAUUUCAAUUUGAAAACGAGUAUGCUUGGUAUAUUGUUCAUCAACUCGAAACAACUUAUAAGGAGUAUUUAGAUCAAAUCGAAUCUCUUGAAGGUAAUGUUUCCGAAAAUACAGACAAAAUAAACAUUUUGGAACAGAAUAUUAAAACAAGCUCAGAAACAUUGAUGUUAAAAAAAAAUGAACUAACAAAUGCUGAUAUUUCUCGUUUAUAUAAUCAUAUGGUUUUCGUGAAGAUGAAAGAAAAAAUACAGGAAAAAAUAAAGGAGUUUGAUUCAGUGAAGCAAUCUGUUAGAAAAUAUGAUUGUGAAUUAAAAUUAUUAAUUAGUGAUAGACAAGAUUUAGAAAAACAUAUCGAGGUUGAACGUCAAAAAGGCAAUACCAAUACUUUAGCACAGUAUAAAGAAAUGUUGGCAAGCUAUGAGCAAAAUUUAUCUGAGGUGGAGGCAGCGUUGAAAAAAAACAUGGAACACGAACAAACUCUACGUAAUACAGUUAACGAAUUGAUGCAGAGUAUUGGAAAUUUAAAGAACAAUGAGGUUACUCCUUUACAAAUAAAAAUACGUGAACUUGAUAGGAAUAUCAACAGUAUGUCUCAGCAAGAAGACAGGAUCAUUUUGUAUGGGAACUGGAUGCCAAAAUUAGUUAAACAAAUUGAAAUUGCCAACAAUCAAAACAAAUUUAUAAAAAAGCCGAUUGGACCUAUUGGGACGUGCAUUAAAGUGAACAAUGACAAAUGGAUAUUUUCAGUCGAAAACUUCUUAAGCCGAAACACUUUAAGAACAUUUUUAGUGGAUAAUUUUAAGGACAAUGAAGUACUUCAAUCAAUAAUGGACAGAAUAAUUACAGGAAAUACUAGAAAACCAACUGUUAUCACUAGCAAAUUUUUUGACAACGUUUUUAAUAUUGCUCCUAAUGAAACUGGAAAUAAUUUGUUUCGGAUGUUACGUUUCACUAGUCCUGUAGUAGCUAAUUUUUUGAUUGAUAACAAUCGUAUUGAAACCAUUAUGCUAGUCGAUAACCCAGAAGAAGCUAUGCCUAUGAUGGAAGAUGUGUCCAAAGUUCCUAAAAAUUGUCACUUUUGUUUAACUUUAGAUGGAACUCGAGUUUAUCCAAGCCCUUCGUAUAGAAUUUACUCUUUACAAAGUGCUAGUGAACCAGUGCUCUUGCAGAGUGAUAUAUCUGUUGCUAUUAAUAAUUCAAAAGGCGAGAAAAAAGCUUUAGAAUUAAAAAUGAAUAGUCUAAACAGAGAAUUUGUAAAUUUAGAACAGUCACAAGUAGAGAAACAACAACUCUUCAAUAAGGCUAUUACAGAAACAAAAUUGCUUAAAACCAAGUAUGACGAAUGUUCAAACAAAAUCAAUGAACUUAAAGCUAAAUGCGAAGAAGAGCAAGAUGACAGAAUGGGUACUCUUACUGAAGAAAUAAAUGAUGUUGAUUUAAAAAUAGCUAAAGCCAAAGAAUUAAAAGAUAAUGCCAUAAAACCAAUUUCAAAGUGUGAAGAAGAAAUUAGUAUAUUAAAUGAGAGACUGCAAAAACAAAAAUCUUUGAUCGAAAACACUGAUCGUUCUGCAUUGUUGAAAGAAAUUGAGACCCUCCAAUAUCAAAUCGAUAAACAUAAAACAGAAAUAUUGCAAAUUAAUAAUAAUUUAACUGAACAAAAACAAUUAUUGAUUAGUAUACGCAUGAAAGCAGAAAAGCAAAAAGAAGAUCUUGAAAAAGAAAAAAAAGCUGUUGAACAACUAGGUGAGAAAAUUCAGGUAACACGCAAUGAAGAAGAUAUAAGGAGAGACAUAGAAGAAACCAACCAUAGAUACAGGUUAUUAGAAAUGGAGUUGAAGAAAACAGGUAAAGACCAUCUAGCCUUAAGAGAAGAUUAUAAGAAGAGAAAAGAACAAUAUAUACAAAAUAGUGCAUUAUACAAACAAAUUGCAGAUAUUUAUAAAUCCAAUAAGAAUUCUGUCGAUCUUAGUACAACAGCACUUGAUAACUAUAUUGAGUACUUUCGAUUGAAAGUAAUUGAAGCUUUCGACUUGAUGCUGUUACUACGCAAAAUUAAGGGCAAACUCGAAAUUAAUAAACAUGAACAACGUAUGGCAAUCUCA